GGGGUCGCUGCGCGGCCGCUCGGGGACCGGCCCGGCUGGGCUCGCUCGGGGCUCGCUGCAAGGUGCCGGCAGCUGCAGCAGGAAGCUCCGCUCCGGACACGUAGCCGGGAGGCGAGCAGCGGCCGAGGGGCUCCGGGUCCCCCCGUCCCCUGGGCGCGCACCGAGGGCUCUGUCCGGGGGGCCCCGGUCCCUCCCCGCGGGGCGCUCCGGGCUCCGCUCGCCUUCCCGCGCCCAGGGCGCACGGGGCUCCGGCCGUGCCAUGAACCGCUGCGCCCUGCUGGGGCUCUGCCUGCUCGGCUACCUGAGCUACCUGCUGCUGGGCGCCCUGCUCGUCUCCUCCAUCGAGCGCCCGUACGAGAGCCGCCUGCGGGCCGAGCUGCGCGACCUCAAGGCCGCCUUCCUGGGGGCCAGCCCCUGCCUGAACGAGAGCGCGCUGGAGCGCUUCCUGGAGCGGGUGCUGAGCGCCAACCGCUACGGGGUGUCGGUGCUGCGGAACGGCUCGGCCGGCGCCUCCAACUGGGACUUCGCCUCCGCCUUCUUCUUCUCCAGCACCCUGGUCACCACCGUGGGCUACGGCUACACCACGCCGCUCUCGGACUCCGGCAAGGCCUUCUGCAUCUUCUACGCCCUGCUGGGCGUUCCCUUCACCAUGCUGGUGCUGACGGCCACGGUGCAGCGCCUGGCCCGGCUCCUCACCCACCGGCCCCUCGCGUACCUGCAGCUGCGCUCUGCCUACAGCCACCGGGCGCUGGCCCGGGCCCACUUCCUGCUGCUGCUGCUGGCCGUGCUGGUCGCCUUCUUCCUGCUGCCGGCCGCCGUCUUCAGUGCCCUGGAGGAGACCUGGAGCUACCUGGAUGCCUUCUACUUCUGCUUCAUCUCGCUGUGCACCAUCGGGCUGGGCGACUACGUGCCGGGCGAGCAGCCGGGCCAGAGGCUGCGGGCGUUGUACAAGGUCUCGGUCACCGUGUACCUGCUGCUGGGCCUGAUGGCCGUGCUGCUGGUCCUACAGACCUUCCACAAGGCGGCCGACCUGCACGGCCUCACCGACCUCCUCCUGCUGCCGGCCGAGCACCACCGCGACCAGGAGCCCAUCCUGGAGGCCGAGGCGACGCCGGAGGAGCCGGCGCCAGGCGCGAAGCUGCCACCCGCCAGCAGCCAGCUCAACACGGGCAGCCGUGCCAACUACUCCUCCAUCAGCAGAUAGCGGCAGCCCUGCCCCCGGGGGCUGCUCUGGCUGGCCCGGGGUGUGGGCUGCCGAGGUGGCUCCGUUCUCGGGGCAGCUCCCUCAGGGACCGUGCCUGCGUCUGCGGCCGGCUCUGGCUCUGGCUCUGGCGUGGGCCCGUCUGCAUGUUGGGGGGGAGGUCGCGCGGGGUUUUAAUAAGCACCUCCCUGUUUUCACCCUGUUGUGUCCCCGGGCAGGGGGCUGGGACCUGCCCUGGUUCCCAGCCCUGCCGUGCUGGGGCCCCUGGAGCCGGCCCAUCACCCCCAGCGCCAUGGGCUCUGGCUGAUGGAGGGAGGGGGAAGGCGACGCUCUGUGUGACGGGCUGAGCCCUGCGGGCCGAGCAGGGACCUGGCCCAGGCCCAGGUUGAGCAAAUUCUGUGCAUGCCUGAGGCUCGGGGUCAACGCCCCGGCUGCCCCCAAAACUGCCCCUCCCCCCACCCGGGCUCUGAGCCCCCUGCAAGGGGCAGCGUGUCACGGGGCACCCCCAAGGGAGGGGAAGCCCCUUUCCCUGGGGGGCCCAGCGGUCUGUGCGGCCGUGGCAGAGACCCCAGCCCUGGGAGCGGGGAUCCCUGGCAGGACCAGCGAGGUGGGGGCAGGGCCGGCUUUAGCAAGGGCGGGGCCCAAUUCAUACUCACCCGGCGGCACUUCGGCGGCGGGGCCUUCACGCGCUCAAGGGCCCGGGGUGCCGCUGGGUGAGUAAAAAGGCGCCGGCGUGGGGCCCGAUUCUGGGGAGUCGGGCGACUCGGCCUAAACCCGGCCCUGGGUGGGGUGACUUUCUGGUGCUUUGGCAGGAGCCAGAGGGGGUGGGGAGCUGUGCUGGGUUGGGGGCCCCGUGUCCCACCCCCAGGCCUGGGGGGCCCAUCUAUGAUGCGACGGCAGCUGCUCCGUACCCUGCACUGCUGGUGGUGCCUGCACCCUCCCCAACUUUUUAACGAGCCGGGUUGAACAGUCAUGGGGGUUUUGCCUGGCACCCCUCAGGGAGGGUUCUGGGGCCACCACAUGUGCAGGACAGAGCGUGGCAAGACGGGCACGGCCCACGAGGGGUGAUGGCCCCUCCCAGCCUGCCUCGUGCCACCCCUCAGCCCUGACAGGGCGUCGCGUGGCAGCACCCAGGACUCAGCCUGGGGGGACGGGGACGGGAGGCCCAAGAGCGAACACCUGUGCCCCUGGGAAUCCCCCGGCCUGUGGGUGUGAGCUGCAGGGGGUGGCCUGGCACAGAUGGUCACCAGGAAUCUGAAUAAAACAUUGCUGGAAGGA